CAUCAGCACCACCAUGGCCAAGUUGUGGCUUGGCCUGGCUUUGCUGCUUUUUGCCUGCGUGGCUCAGACAGAGGCAGUCACGGAGCCCACAGAAGUGGCGGCCCUCCUGACGAUGAAGGCUGCCUGGAACAACGUGACGCGGCUGACCAGCUGGAACGACACCUCAGACCCCUGCGACAAUGGAUGGAGGGGCAUCAUCUGCUCGCUGACGUCGGUGCCUGGAAACAGGCACGUCACCGGCAUCCAGUUACCAGGCUUCUGGGUGGGGGGCAUUCUCUCUCCUGCGGUGGGGAAGCUGACAUACCUCACUCUGCUGGACCUCAACAGCAACAACAUGACGGGGCCCAUGCCAGCAGAGAUUGUCAACCUCAACCAAGUGCAGCGGCUUGUGUUCCGGCAGAGCAGCCUGACUGGCGAGCUAGGCACGUGGCUGCCCAAGCUGUCUACGCUGCGCAUUGUGGAUAUGGGCAGCAACAAGUUUACAGGGCCCAUCCCCGACGAACUUGGAACCUCCCUCAGCACGCUGCAAGUAUUCGACUGUUCGUUCUGCCAGCUGUCUGGCCCCAUCCCCGCCAGCGUCGGCAGCUUAGGCAGCCUGCAGCUGCUGCAGUUGCCCCGCAACAACCUCACAGGGCCCAUUCCUCCGGAGCUGGGCAAGCUGGGGAGUCUGCAGGGAAUGAACUUGCAGAACAACAGCCUUACAGGACCGGUGCCGGAGUCGAUUGCCGGCUUGACCAACUUGAACCAGCUUGUUUUGGCGUACAACCAGCUGACCGGGGAGCUGCCAGGCGGCAUCCUGACCAACGCGAACGCGCUCAUGAGGUUCGACGGCAAUCCUCUGUGCGACAUCGCGGCCAACGCGCCGUUCUGCACGGGCGCUCCGCUGCCCUCCACGGGUGGCCCCGGGGGACCGGUCGGCGGGGGCCCCAACGGCCUGGGGACAGCACCAGGGCAGGUGCCCGGAGCAGCCGGGACGGCAGGGAACGCGACAGCAAACGCAACGGUCCCUGCAAAUGCAACGACGCCGGCGGCUGCCCCCUCUGGUGCCGCUCAAACCCCCGCCGCUGGCCCCGCACCCGAGCCCGUUGCCGUAGCCCCAGUGCAAAACCCUGUUGCCACGACUAACGCAACCACUAACCAGAGCUCGCCCGCUAACCAAACCGGCGCUGCCAGCCUGACGGGGCCUGUCGGCGCCUCCGGGCCGACGACCGUGAACCAAGGCUCCAGCGGUGGCGGCUCCUCGGUGGGCCUCAUCGUCGGGGUGGUGGUCGGCGCGGCCGGCUUCCUGCUGCUGGUGGCGCUCAUUGCCGCGGCCAUCGCCCGCAACCGCCGCGCGCGGCGCCAGUCCAAGGGCCUGCUGGGCGACGGGUACCACUCCAAAACCACCUCGACAAACGGCUCUGACGCUGCCACCCGGUCCGUCAAGUCCCAAAUUUUGCGCGCGCUCCACCUGGCCAGCCCCAAGACGCUGCCCGUCACCGGGCCGGGGGGCGCCGGUCCCACCUACUUCGCCCCCCCCGGCGCGGUGGAGGGCAUGGAGGCGCCGCUGCUGUUCACGUUCCGCGAGCUGCAGGUCAUUACGAACGGCUUCAGCGAUGAGUUAUUGAUCGGCGAGGGGGGCUUCGGCAAGGUGUACCGGGCGGGGAUCAAGGACCAGGCCGUCGCAAUCAAGCGGCUCGAGAAGCAGGCCGCCUUCCCGGGGAAGCACGGCGAGAAGCAGUUCCGCACGGAGGUGGACGUGCUGAGCCGCAUCCGGCACCCCAACCUGCUGGGCCUCAUCGGCUACUGCGCCGACGGCGGCGAGCGCGCGCUCGUGUACCCGCUCAUGGCCAACCAGUCGCUGCACACACAGCUGCACGAGCGGCGAGCGGCGCACACCCUGGGCAGCUGGCGCACGCGGCUGACGAUCGCGGUCCAGAGCGCGCGCGCGCUCGCGUACCUGCACGACGAGGCGUCCCCGCCAGUGAUCCACCGCGACUUCACUAGCAGCAACGUGCUGCUGGACGGCGACUGGACGGCCGUCGUGUCCGACUUCGGCCUGGCCAAGCUGCUGCCACAGGCCGGCGUGCCCAACGCCACGCAGUCCACGCGCCUGCACGGCACUCUGGGCUACCUCGCGCCAGAGUACUUGCGUGGUCAGGUGACGGAGAAGAACGACGUGUACAGCUUUGGCGUGGUGUUGCUGGAGCUGCUGUCGGGGCGGCGCGCGCUGGUGAGCGAGCAGUUCGACCUGGUGCAGUGGGCCACCGCCAUCAUCCGGGGGCCGCCGCCCAUCCUCGACAAAAUCCUGGACCUCUCCAUCAAGACGGACAUUCCGCUGGCCGCGCUUCAAACUGCCAUUCGCGUCGCCGCCAGCUGCGUAGAGACGGACCCCAAGCGCCGGCCCAGGAUGGCGGACGUCGUGAGGACGCUGGGGGCCGCGCUCGAGGAGGCGUAUGGGCCCGACGCAAACCCCGCGCGCGCGGACCGCGCGAUGUCGGCUGUCGGCCCCGUGGCCGCGAUCGCGGGCGUGCCUGAGGAUGCGGCGGUGCAUGAUGAUGACGCGCGCAGCACGGGCAGCUUCGAUUAUCGCCUCGCGGAGGGCACCGGCUCGCAGCCCUCAACAGGCAGCAUCGACGUGUCCGGAGAGGAGCGCACCAGCGCGUGAGAGCGCGCGCGCGCCACGUGGUCAUGUGACUAACUUAGGACGGGGGGAUCAUUCUCCAGCGCAAACGUUGAAAGGUAGUGUUGCUUGCAGAGAGAUGGCAAUGGCGGGGCAAUGGCGAGGGAUUGUUGGAAUAAGGAAGCAUGGGUCUGGGAAAGAAGAAAGGGACGAGGUCUGGCGAGCGAGAAGAGGAGGUUGCUCUAGGACAGCUAUGCUUGCAUACCUUGCAGUUAGGACUGCUAUGACCAACUCUCACCGUAAGGUAGAUCUUGACUCCUAACGCCGUUAAUUGGGAGAUUUGGCCUGCGAGGCAGGUUAUAGUUUGGACGCUGGAGGGGCAAGGAUGAGCUUCGACUUUGAAGAAUGUCGUUCUUGUUCCUUCGGUUAGGAUCGGGGCUUGGUGGGCAGAUUAACUUUGUAGGUAGAUGAACGGUAAUCGUUUGACCAAGGAUCAACAAUGUAUAUUAGUUUAGGUGUCCAAAACUGAGCCGCGGGGGUACAGCAGCCAGUAAAGAUUCGAGCGACAGGGCGACACGUAGACAGGGCACGGAGCUUGUUCCUGCCCCGUGUAUUAUAAGACAGUACAUAGCUCG